AUGAGAGGGAAAUACUUUCUCCUCGGCUUCUUGUUACUCAAAGUUAUGGCUCUUGUGUGCAAGGCUGACGGGGAGCCCGGACUGCUCGGAGGAUUCGUAAUGAUCGCCACCUCCAACGGCUCCAGGGAGGAGGAGAGCGUGUCCGAGGAGACCCCUCACACGGAGGACAGAUGCCGGGGCUACUACGACGUGAUGGGCCAGUGGGACCCGCCGUUCAUCUGCAAGACGGGCAAUUAUCUGUACUGCUGCGGCACCUGUGGCUUCCGAUUCUGCUGCUCCUAUAAGCACUCGCGUUUGGAUCAGAGCACCUGCAAAAAUUAUGACACUCCGGUAUGGAUGAAGACCGGACAGACUCCCUACAAGAAAAUCAACAAGAUGCACGACAGCACCAAAGACAAGACGAACUUAAUUGUUUACAUCAUAUGUGGAGUAGUGGCCAUCAUGGCUCUUGUGGGAAUUUUCACCAAAUUGGGUCUGGAAAAGGCGCACCGGCCGCAGAGAGAGAACAUGUCCAGGGCCGUCGCCAAUGUGCUGCAGGGCGGGUGUCCAGGUGAGCAGUAUCGGGGGGAGGAGGCCCUUGGGAUGCAUUCCCAGCACUAUGUUUCCAGGGCCACAAACCUCCAAGGUGGUCAGAUCAACAACAACGUGGCACCGGGCUCCAACAUGGGCCAGCAGCACCCUUACCCUGCCCUCAGCCAGCUGGCUCACGCGUAUGAACAGCAGCAACAACAGCAGCAGCAACAGCAGCAUCAUCAGCAGCAGCAGCAGCAAAACAAGGAUCUCAACAAAUAUGCAUCCCUGAAGGCUGUGGCUGCCAAGUACAACGGUGAAAUCUACAACAAGCGCCGACUGAUGAUAGAGCUGCCAACGAAGGGGGGCCUUCCUCUCCAACCCAUGGGCAACUCCAGACCCUCCAUGGGCAACAUGUCAUCGAUGACUCCCGCAAUGACCACCAACCCUAUGGCUUCUAACCCCAUGACCUCCAACCCUAUGAACCAAACCAUGACCCAGAUGACUCCCAUGACGCAAAUGACGUCUAUGACACCCAUGACUUCUAUGACGCCCAUGACCUCCCUCGCCCCGAUGACCUCCAUGACUCCUAUGACCUCCUUGGGUCCACUGACUCCAGAGCCAGUGGCCACCUACAUCACAGAGAUGCCCAGCAUCUCCUCCAUGUCAACCCUCCCGACAGAACGGCACGGAGGUGGUGGAGGAGGGGGACUGAAGCUGAACGGCCAGAAACCCAAAGGCAGCCAUGGCCACGCUGCCCACAGCUCUCACAGUGCUCACACUCACACUCACACUCACAGUCAUGCCCACAGCCACAGUAGCAAGCAGCCAGGACUGGGGGCUACCUCCCUGGCACACAUGGCGGGGACCAUGCCAGGUGGCAUGUCCCUGGGCAUCUCCAGGCAUGCUGAGAGUGCCAUUGGCUCCAGCUCGGCUACAAUGGGCCGCCCAUUGGCGUACAGUUCCAACACCAUUGCGACUGGGCAUGCGAUGGGGUUGGGACUGAAGGGUUGGGAUGGGACUGAGACAGUGGGCCGGAGGAAGACCUACGGGCACAAGAGGCCUCAGUGUACCGUGCUGGAGCCGAACCAGCUCCACAGCACCAGAGGCCAGAGCCACAGCCAACACUUCCUCCCCACACAGCCCUACUUUGUGACCAACAGCAAGACAGAGGUGACUGUGUGA